CCCUUUCCCUCUCUUCCCUCUGUUUGGUCUCAUUCUUCUCUUUUUCUCUCUGUACAUAUCCGUUUCUUACAAUUUCUGCAACGUACUUUUUUCAAUUUCUCAUAAAAAUCUAAGCUUUUUUCUUUAUGAAUCUUCAUUUUCACAGCACAUAGCAAAUUAAUUUUAAAUUUUAAGCAACAUGAAGUGGAAACUCUAACUCUUGGGGAAAACCCUAAUUUCCUUCAACCAACUUGUAUUUUUUUCUUUCAAAGACUCAGUUUUUUUCUUGUGGGGUUGUUAGUAAUUGCGUGGAGACAAGGAUAAUAUGGAAAAUUCGGUACCUAGGACUGUUGAAGAAGUAUUCAGCGAUUUCAAAAGUCGUAGAGUUGCUUUAAUUAAAGCACUUACCACAGAAGUCGAAAAGUUUUAUCAGCAGUGUGAUCCUGAAAAGGAGAACCUGUGUCUCUAUGGGCUUCCUAAUGAAACAUGGGAAGUAAACCUCCCGGUGGAGGAGGUGCCUCCAGAACUUCCGGAGCCAGCAUUGGGCAUAAAUUUUGCACGUGAUGGCAUGCAAGAAAAAGACUGGUUAUCACUUGUUGCUGUUCACAGUGAUUCGUGGCUACUUUCUGUUGCAUUCUACUUUGGUGCACGGUUUGGGUUCGGCAAGAGUGAAAGGAAGAGGCUUUUCCAAAUGAUAAAUGAUCUCCCAACUUUGUUUGAAGUUGUUACCGGAGCUGCAAAGCAGGCACAUGAUGCCCCUCACAACAAUAGCAACAAAAGCAAAUCAAAUGGAAAGCCUCGACAGCCGGAGUCCCAACCCAAGGCAGUAAAGGUGUCUCCACCUAAAAUGGAGAACGAAAGUGGGGAGGAGGAAGAAGAAGGAGAAGAGGACGAACAUGGAGCAACUCUCUGUGGAGCUUGUGGUGAUAAAUAUGCCACUGAUGAAUUCUGGAUUUGCUGUGAUAUUUGUGAGAGAUGGUUCCAUGGAAAAUGUGUGAAGAUCACUCCAGCAAAAGCUGAGCAUAUCAAGCAGUACAAGUGUCCCAGUUGCAGUAACAAGAGAGCUAAAGUUUAAAAUUUGUGGUAACUUAAUUUGUGGCUACAUCAAUGAAGUGGUGAUGUUGGAAGGUCUAGGACUUUUAGCUCAGUUAUCAAAUGUCAUCUAUGUCAAAAGUUAAAAUGUUUGCUGAUGGAAUUGUGAUGUCCAUUUCAUGAACAUUUGCUUUCUAUUGUCUUUUGGAUUGUGUUUUAGAUGUUUUUUUAAAAAGAUUGUGCUUGUUAUCA